UUAUUCAUCUCAUAAUUGUUGUCUAUUCACUCCUCCGGCUUCUGUGUUAGCGGGUGAACCAGGACGGUUCUUCGCCGCCGCAACUGCCGCUGCGGCCGUCAUCGCCUCCAUCGCAUCGGAAACUCUCUCCUCUGCGGAACCCUAGGUCAAGCGAUAAGGACCAUGGAGUAUUCAUCCAGUGAAGACGAUGAAAUGGUUGAGGACAGUGCUAUUUUUGAGGAUGACAUCAAGGCACCGGAUGUUGAACAACAAACAGAAGAAGUCACCUCAUCACUUCAGACUGUUUCUCAUGGCGGCAGUGCUCUAGCAUCGAUCAGGAAUGCCAUUGAAAAUGAACUACUUGCUGUUGAAGAUUGCGAUGAGGUUAACCAGGUACCGUCUCCAGGUAUGGAAUUUGAAUCCGACGGAGCUGCACGUGCAUUUUACAAUGCCUAUGCAUUGCGUCUUGGCUUUGGCAUUCGAGUUGCACGCUCUCGCUGUGAGAGACGGAAGGGGGUCGAGGUGUUGGUCAUGAAGAGGUUUGUAUGCCUGAAAGAGGGUCAUCACAAGAAGAAGGUUGCUGAGAACAGCACCAAAAAGAAGCGUAAGCGUCUUUCCAUAAGGGAUGGUUGCCCAGCAAUGAUGGAGGUUGUUCGAAGGGGACCUGAGAAGUGGAUUAUCAGUAAGUUGGUGUUGGAGCACACCCAUAUAGUGGUUAGUCCCGAGAGGGUUCGUGAGAUCCAGCUUAGUCGCCUCUCUGGAAAGGAUAGGGAACACCAGGACUACUUGAAAGAGAUGCGGCGUAGAGUCUUUGGUGAAGGAGAUGCACAAAUCCUUAUCAAUUAUUUCAGGAGGAUGCAGGCAGAGAAUGCAGGGUUCUUUUAUGCAAUGCAAGUUGAUAACAGAAACUGCCUGACAAAUGCGUUAUGGGCUGAUGCAAAAGCUAGAAUGUCUUAUGGUUAUUUUGGCGAUGCUGUAACUUUUGACACAUCAUAUAGACAGAAUAAGAACAUGAUGCCUUUUGCUGUAUUCACGGGUUUGAAUCAUCACGGGCAGACGAUCGUAUUUGCUUGUGCUUUGGUUAUGGACAAGACAGAAUCCUCAUUUACUUGGGUAUUAGAAACAUGGCUGACAGCAAUGUGUGGCCGACGACCUCUAACAAUCACUACUGAUCAAGGCAAGGCUAUUGAAGCAGCAGUUGCAGAGGUGUUUCCUGAGACAUGUCAUCGUUUGUGUAGAUGGAGAAUCCUAUCUAGAUGCCAAAAGAAAUUAUCCGAUGUCUCCUGUAGGUUCCCUGACCUACAUGAUGAACUAAAGAUGUGCAUUAAUGAGUCUGACAAUGUGGAAACCUUUGAAGUUUAUUGGAGGACAAUUCUUGAUAAAUAUAACAUUGGUGAGAACCUAUGGUUGCAGUCAUUAUACAGUAUUCGUCAUAGAUGGGUUCCGGCCUAUCUAAAAGGUUCCUUCUUUGCAGAGUUGUCUACAACCCAUAGAGUAGAAACACUGAACAGGUUUUACCGAAACAACUUUGUCACAGAGUGCUCUUUACAAAUGUUUAUUGCAAAACUAGACCAAGAAAUGGAUAGCCGAUAUGAAAAGGAAGCCCAAGAAGAUUGUGCUACGUUGAACAUCCAACACAUUCUUAAAACUCAGUCACCUAUGGAGAAACAGGCUGCCAAUAUUUACACACGGAUGGCAUUUGAGAAGUUCCAAGAAGAACUAGUUGAAGCUUUCAAUUAUUAUCCUCUCAAAAUUCAAGAUGGUCCGAUAAGCAAAUUUUCUGUUGCAAGGGAUGGUGAUGCUAGUAAUCGACAUUUUGUGGUCUUUAAGGAAUCUGAGAAAAAAGCGUAUUGUAAUUGCUUUAAGUAUGAAGGUUCAGGAAUACCUUGCAGGCAUUUACUUGGACUCUUCUUGGUGUGUGGCACCAUUCUUAUUCCUGAAUAUUGCAUAUUGAAACGGUGGACUAGAAAAGCGAAGAGUGGCUUGAUGCUACAAGAAAGUGUUCAUGAAGGGCAAUAUUCUGAAGAAUCUCCCAUCUCGUGGUACAACGAUCUAUUGCACGAUGCCAUGAAGUGUGUGGAGAGGGGAGCGGCAUCGGCAGAGGCAUACAGGAUAGCGAAGAGUAUGCUACAAACAGUCUUUGCUGAAAUUUUAGGAUUUGAGGAAAGUGAGAGUAAAGGGAUGAUGCUCCCUCAUGUGGAAAAGGCCCCAAAACGUACCGGUUAGUUGGAGGGCGGAAAUACCACUGUUUUGAAGCCGUAUUAUUUCAUUUUCAAGGCAGAUAAAUAAAUCUCAACUAAAGAAGAUGAUGAUUUUUAAUUUUUAGACCUAGAUCUUCAUUUUGGACUCAAAUUUCUUUUGACGCUUGUAAAUAGUGCUAGACUUUUAGUAAGUUAUUCACGAACGCCCUAUUCUGGACUUGAUAUUGUAUUUA